CUCUUCUCCAUCGAGGCCCAGUUGGCACCUUCCCUUCUCUCCACAGACCUCCAGGACUUCAAGUUGGACGUGCAGCACGUGAUUGAAGUAGAUGAGGGGAACACAGCAGUCAUUGCCUGCCACCUUCCUGAGAGCCACCCAAAAGCCCAGGUCCGAUACAGUGUCAAGCAGGAGUGGCUAGAGGCAUCUAGAGAUAACUACCUGAUCAUGCCGUCGGGAAACCUCCAGAUUGUGAACGCGAGCCAGGAGGAUGAGGGAAUGUACAAGUGUGCUGCCUACAACCCAGUGACCCAGGAAGUGAAAACCUCGGGCUCCAGUGACAGGCUCCGAGUGCGCCGUUCCACUGCCGAGGCUGCUCGCAUCAUCUACCCGCCAGAGGCCCAGACCAUCAUCGUCACCAAGGGCCAGAGUCUGAUCCUGGAGUGUGUGGCCAGUGGGAUCCCACCCCCACGGGUCACCUGGGCCAAGGAUGGGUCCAGUGUCGCCGGCUACAACAAGACACGCUUCCUGCUGAGCAACCUCCUCAUCGACGCCACCAGUGAGGAGGACUCAGGGACUUACCGCUGCAUGGCCGACAACGGGGUUGGGGAGCCUGGUGCAGCAGUCAUCCUUUAUAACGUCCAAGUAUUUGAACCCCCUGAGGUCACCAUGGAGCUGUCCCAGCUGGUCAUCCCAUGGGGCCAGAGUGCCAAGCUCACCUGUGAGGUGCGUGGGAAGCCCCCGCCCUCUGUGCUAUGGCUGAGGAAUGCCGUGCCCCUCGCCUCUAGCCCGCGCCUCCGACUGUCUCGCGGGGCCCUGCGGGUGGUCAGCGUAGGGCCUGAGGACGAAGGCGUCUACCAGUGCAUGGCUGAGAACGAAGUUGGGAGCGCCCAUGCCGUGGUCCAGCUGAGGACCGCCAGGCCAGGUACAACCCUGAGGCCAUGGCAGGACGCUAAGCUGGACACUGCCACCCCUUCCAUGCUGCCCUCCAGACCUGGAAGCCCUGACCAGAUGCUAAGGGGGAGCCCAGGGCUCCCAAAGCCCCUGACAUCAGUGCAGCCAGCUUCCCCACAGUGCCCCGGAGAGAAGGGGCAGGUGGCUCCUGCCGAGGCGCCCAUCAUCCUCAGCUCACCCCGGACCUCCAAGACGGACUCCUACGAGCUGGUGUGGCGGCCUCGGCACGAGGGUGGUGGCCAGGCGCCAAUCCUCUACUACGUGGUGAAACACCGCAAGGUCACAAACUCCUCUGACAAUUGGACCGUCUCCAGCAUUGCAGCCAGCCAGCACCGCCUGACCCUCACCAGACUCGACCCUGGGAGUUUGUAUGAAGUGGAGAUGGCAGCUUACAACUGUGGAGGCGAAGGCCAGACAGCCAUGGUCACCUUCCGAACUGGACGGCGGCCCAAACCUGACGUCAUGGCCAGCAAGGAGCAGCAGAUCCAGAGAGACGACCCCGGAGCCAGCCCCCAGAGCAGCAGUCAGCCAGACCACGGCCGCCUCUCUCCCCCUGAAGCUCCAGACAGGCCCACUAUCUCCAUGGCCUCUGAGACGUCAGUGUAUGUGACCUGGAUUCCCCGUGGGAAUGGUGGCUUCCCAAUCCAGUCCUUCCGUGUGGAGUACAAGAAGCUAAAGAAAGUGGGGGACUGGAUUCUGGCCACCAGUGCCAUCCCUCCUUCCCGGCUCUCAGUGGAGAUCACUGGCCUAGAGAAAGGCACCUCCUACAAGUUCCGUGUCAGGGCUCUGAACAUGCUGGGGGAGAGUGAGCCCAGCGCCCCCUCCCGGCCGUAUGUGGUGUCGAGCUAUAGUGGCCGUGUGUACGAGAGGCCUGUGGCAGGCCCUUACAUCACCUUCACUGAUGCUAUCAACGAGACCACCAUCAUGCUCAAGUGGAUGUAUAUUCCAGCAAGUAACAACAACACCCCAAUCCAUGGCUUUUAUAUCUAUUAUCGACCCACAGACAGUGACAAUGAUAGUGACUACAAGAAGGAUAUGGUGGAAGGGGAUCGAUACUGGCAUUCCAUCAGCCACCUGCAGCCAGAGACCUCCUACGACAUUAAGAUGCAGUGCUUCAAUGAGGGUGGGGAGAGUGAGUUCAGCAACGUGAUGAUCUGCGAAACCAAAGCCCGGAAGUCUUCUGGUCAGCCCGGUCGGCUCCCACCCCCAACUCUGGCCCCACCUCAGCUGCCACCCCCGGAAACCGCAGAGCGGCCUGUGGGCACCGGGGCCAUGGUGGCACGCUCCAGCGACCUGCCCUACCUGAUUGUUGGGGUCGUCCUAGGCUCCAUCGUCCUCAUCAUUGUCGCCUUCAUCCCCUUCUGUUUGUGGAGGGCCUGGUCUAAGCAAAAACAUACCACAGACCUGGGUUUUCCUCGAAGUGCCCUUCUGUCCUCCUCCUGCCAAUACACUAUGGUACCACUGGGAGGACUCCCAGGCCACCAGGCCAAUGGGCAGCCCUACCUCAGUGGUACCAGUAGCCGGGCCUGUGCCAGUGGGAUCCACGGGAACAGGGGCUGCCCUGCAGCUGCCCUGGGCUACCCAGGCGUGAAAGCUCAGCAGCACUGCCCAGGGGUGCUUCAGCAGCAGGAAGACACCAGCGGCCCGCUAACGCAGACCAUUCUUGGCACCGGAUAUGACCCCCCCAGUCACCAGAUUCCCAGGGCUCCCAAGGCUAGCCCAGACGAGGGCUCUUUCUCAUGUACACUGCCUGAUGACUCAACUCGCCUGCUGCUCCAGCCCCACCAAGACUGCCGCCGCCUCCAGGAGCAGCCCGCCGCCACAGGCCAGUCAGGCGCAAGGGACGUACCCCAGAGCCCUGGGCUGGAAGCCGCCUGGGACCCUCUUUUUCACCGAGGGCCGCUGUGCUGCUUGGGCCUUGUACCGGUUGAAGAGGUGGACAGGCCUAACUCCUGCCAAGUGGGUGGAGGAGACUGGUGUUCCCAGCACCCCGCAGGGGCCUACGUAGGGCAGGAACUUGGGAUGCAGCUCUCCCCCAGCUCACCAGUGCACGUAGCUUUUGACACACCACCUCCUACAAUUUAGGCAGAAACCAAUAUCCCAGAAAGACUAUAUAUUGUUUUUAAAAAGAGAAAAUUGGUAUUUAUUUUUCUAUAAUAGCCAUAUUUAUAUAUUUAUGCACUUGUAAAUAAAUGUAUAUGUGUUUUUAUAAUUCUGGAGAGACACAGAGAAUCCUACCCACUGAGGUUUGAGGGGGAAAUCAAAGAAGCCCCCGUAACAGGAUUCCACCUGGCAAGAGUAACACAGACUGAGGCGGCAGCCCUUCACUGAGCACCUCUGCCACCAUCCAGGAGGCCGCACAAGGCCCCCAGAGAAGCUGCUGAGAGGACGAAUCUUAGGCACACUGUCCAUGACCAAUGAUGAGGGAAAAGCAAGGGCCCCAUCACAGGCUGGAGACACUCGUGAAGACGGCUGGACCGGGUACUACAGGAGACGUUUUCAGAAGAUGCUCAUGAGAAUAGACUAAGAUGUGUAUAGUCCUAUAAGUAUUAACAAACCUUCCAGAAUCAAUAAUCUGUGGCAACCUAUCUCUGUAAAAACAAACACUGUAACUUCUAAAUAAAUGUUUAGUCUUCCCUGUAACCUUCAACUUAGUCA